AUGCCCUCCGAUCAGAAUUCAGCUUCUUCUCGAGCGGCCCGGAGACGAUGCCAGAACUUUGACGAGGAUGACGUCCCGUCCCACACGCUUCUCAUGGCCAUUGAUAGCGCUUGCUCCAACAACGGCAGGGAAAAAUGCAGUGAUGUUGUCGAGCAUGAAAAAAGGUCUACCAGUCAAAUUGCAGAGCUGCUUGCCUGCAAAACCGCACUUGACUUACUCGAGGAUCGCUAUGAGACGUCCACAGGCCAUCCUCUCUACGGUGACAGACCGAACGUGGUCUUCAAGUCUGACUCUGCAUAUCUUGUCCGAGGAAUCACCGAAUACAUGCCGAAAUGUAUUCAAAAUGGGUACAUCAACUCCAGCGGUCGUCCCGUGGAAAACCAGGAGCUCUGGCGAGAGGUUGACCGGCUCCUCACCAUGCUUGAGACUGGUGGCAUGUGCAUCAAAUUUUGGCUCGUGUCUCGAGACAAGAAUAAGGAGGCAGAUGAUCUUGCUCGAUGGGCCUUGAGAAACCCAGACAGUAAAAGGUAUUCUUAUCUGGCGGUACAGGACAAGAUGUGGAUGGGACUUUCGUCUCGGGAAGAAGAUGAUGAAUUGUACCAUGAAAUCAACGGAACCGAUGAUUUCGUCCUUGGUGGUGCUUCGCCGGUACAGGUGCCGGCGUCCAUCUUUCACCCUCAGCACUGGUUGAUGCGAUGA